UUUAAGAAUAAAUUACACUCACAAAUCAGUAGAAAACGUUAGAUAUUUUAUUAUCUUUAAACGUAUUUCCGUAUUUUAUGAUACAGAUGGUGUUUUUGAAACGAGUUUUCCCUUCGUACAAAUGGAAUAUUCCAAGUACAGACACAAACAUUAAACUGACUUUUCAUUUACGUUACAUCCUUCGUAAAGAAAGUGUUUAGAAAAGCGUUUAAAAUAGAAAGAAAUGGCGGAUGAUAGUGGUAGUAAAAGAAGAGAUAAAUCUUCUUGUAAAGAAAAGCGCAUUUUCUUUAUGAAAAUGUUAGAAGAUGUUUUGUUAACUGGAGUACCUCAAAUAGUUACAGAAUCAGACGGAAGAAGAAAAAUCUUCAAAAUAAUCGUAUUUUUUGCUUGUUUAUCUGGAUUUUUAUAUCAUCUUAUAUCUUAUAUUAUCCUUUACCUCGCUUAUCCUACAACUUUAGACGUUUUGGUGGAAUUUAAAGAAACCGAACAGCUUCCAAAACCUGUUUUAACAAUAUGUGAUCUUAACGGACUGCGACGUAUUCCUUUGUGUAAAGAUUUUCCGGAAGAAUGCGAGAAACCGAAAAAUAUGAAAGCUUUAUGCGAACGUUUCGAAUAUUUCUGUAAAGAUAGUGACGUCGAUAACUUAAUGUUUCCGACACAUAACUUAUCUGUGGUUUCGGACUAUCUACGUAGUAUUGUGGAUAUCUACGGACCUACAGUUGACGAUAUUUUAAAAAAUUAUAGCAAUUUAACGACUCCAGUGUUUUAUACGAACACUUAUCGAAAAUUGAGGAAAUGCUAUUCUCUCGAUUUAGCUAAAUUUGACAAUUCUUAUUACACUGUCGUUUAUGACAAAUUCAACGCUUUUAUUUCGGAAGGAGAACUCGUUGGUACUAUAUUAGUAACGUUUAAUCCUAAAGAAAUAUCAAAUCCGAGUACUCCUGUAGGUGCAAAAGUAUCUGUACAUAAUCGUGAUCAACUCGUCAACCCUUUUCUUGACGGCUUUCAAAUUAAACCGGGAAGAACUUAUAACGUUAAAUUGAAAGCUGUACAAGAAAAUCUAUUGGAUUCUCCCUACAAUACAAAUUGUACAGAUUAUGAAAAACAAAAAGACAAAGGCUUUAAUGGUAUUUAUAGUCGUGAUUUUUGCAUAAUUGAAUGCAGAAAAGAAUUAUGGCUAGAAAACUGCAAUUGCGUAUUGGGAGAGUAUAAUUUUCCUUUUACUGGAAACUUCUGCGAUGAGGAAGAGGAAUUCCAAUGUAUUUCAGAUGUAGAUGUUGAUAAAUGUUAUAAACAAUGCAGAAGAGGUUGUAAAAUAUGGUAUUCGACGAUAAGUGUUUUCUACAAGAGACCUGAAAUUCUGGUUUAUAAAUAUAAACCGCAAUACGAGUUGAUCGAAUUUUUCAGUUAUAUUGGCGGUUACAUUGGGAUUUGGUUGGGAAUAUCUCUUAUUGCAGUAUUCGAUUUUCUAGAAAUGCUAUUCGUUUAUUUUUGCUGUAUAAUCAGAGGGAAAAUUCCUACUAAUAAAGAAACAAACUCGAAUAUUCUGUUAGAAAGUAAACCGAGUGCUUAACUAAAUCAAGUUUACACGCAAGUAUUCUGAGGUGAAAUAAUUAAUUUUAUAAAUUAAUUUGUAAAUACUAAUUACACAAUGAUAAACAGAAUAUAUGUUAGAAAACAUUUUGUUUUUAAUAAAAACAUUUUUUAACGUUGAAUUUAGUAGUUUUUAAUUGAAUUUAACGAUUUUUUUUUAACUUUGUUCAUACUACAUUAAACAACUGACUAUUAGUUCUGUACCAAUCUCGAUGACGUUCGCACAUGUUUAAGUAGAAGUACUGUACAACGUACAAAUGUCCAAUGCUCUGAUGAAGUGUAACCGUGAUCCUCCUACAUCGAACUGAUUCCUCUCUAAUGUCUGCCACUUAUUCAUUGCUACAUAUUACUCUGUCUGUCAAACUGAAACUGAAAACUUUUAACAGUUUACGCUGAAACUUUCGAACUGCUGUAAGAACGACGGAAAAAAUUCAACGCAUUAAAUAAAUUUUACUGAUGGUUUGUGGGUUUCUGAUAAGAGGAAAUCGCUGCAACGCUUAGCGAACCGUCUUAGUGGACUGUUUGACAGUGGCAUGAUGUCGGUGGAGUCACUGAAGAGUUUAAGUCGAAUUCCUUGCAAAGAUGAAAGCACGAAGAGCAUCGGUAGAAUGGAAGAAUCACGCCUCCCAAGCGAGUGAUUCGGGUUCGAUUUUCGGGCGAUGAAUGCUGGUCGACUGUAAAUAAUUUAGCUGUUACGGCUUACAGUUUUAUUUGCUGCAAGUAACGUUUUUUUUGCAGAAAUUCGACUGCGUGAUUUCGCUUGGUGAAGUGGACUGUACCAUAUGUUCUCGCAUAGUUUUUCACUGUGCAAUAACAUAUGGCGUACGCGAUUGGAAAUUGCGAGCGGGCUACGAGUUGAGACCGAAGAAUGCAGAAAAGUAUAUUUGGUAAGUUAUCAUUCUUGGAGUACUGAUAAACUUAGUGUUACAUCUGCUUUCGAACACAGAAAGCAACACUUCCUAAUUUGCCGCAACGUUCGGACUGUCUCGAAAUUAGGUUAAAGUGUAUGGCUAACUGAAUAUGAAACAACUGACGAUCUGACAAGAUGCAGCGUAAUACCAAGUGGA